ACUAACUUUGUACUUCAGCUUUGGGGGCCGCUGUGACAUUCUGCUCUGCGCUGCGGGCAGGCCAGAGCCUCUGGUCUAGAAGGGAGGGCAUUGUGCUGAAGCCAUCGCUGCCAACAGAGCCAUCAGAGCGUCCGGGAUGGAGGGAGCCACGACCCCAGAUGCCGCCUCGCCAGGGCCUCUCGCUCUCCUAGGCCUCCUUUUUGCCGCCACCUUGCUGUUCCCGGCCCUGUUCCUCCUCACCCUGCGCACCAGGCGCCCUCGAGAACCUCCUUUGAUAAAAGGUUGGCUUCCUUAUCUUGGCAUGGCCCUGAAAUUCUCGAAGGAUCCAUUAACUUUCUUGCAAACUCUUCAAAAGCAAUAUGGCGACACUUUCACUGUCUUGCUUGGUGGGAAGUAUAUAACAUUUGUUCUGAACCCUUUCCAGUACCAGUAUGUAAUGAAAAACCCCAAACAAUUAAGCUUUGAUAAGUUCAGCAGACGAUUAUCAGCGAAAGCCUUCUCUGUCAAGAAGCUGCUAACUGAUGAUGACCUUAAUGAAGACAUUCACAGAGGCUAUCUACUUUUACAAGGCAAACCUUUGGAUGGUCUUCUGGAAACCAUGAUCCAAGAAGUAAAAGAAAUAUUUGAGUCCCGACUGCUAAAAACCACAGAUUGGAAUACGGAAAGAAUAUUUGCAUUCUGUAGCUCAUUGGUAUUUGAGAUCACAUUUACAACUAUAUAUGGAAAAAUUCUUGCUGGUAGCAAGAAACAAAUUAUCAGUGAGCUAAGGGAUGAUUUUUUAAAAUUUGAUGACAUUUUCCCAUACUUAGUAUCUGACAUACCUAUUCAGCUUCUAAGAAAUGCAGGAUCUAUGCAGAAGAAAAUUAUAAAAUGCCUCACAUCAGAAAAGGUAGCUCAGAUGCAAGGACGGUCAGAAAUUGUUCAGGAGAGGCAAGAUAUGCUGAAAAAAUACUAUGGGCAUGAAGAUUUUGAAAUAGGAGCACAUCAUCUUGGCCUUCUCUGGGCCUCUCUAGCCAACACCAUUCCAGCGAUGUUCUGGGCAAUGUAUUAUAUUCUUCGGCAUCCAGAAGCUAUGGAAGCCCUACGUGACGAAAUUGACAGCUUUCUGCAGUCAACAGGUCAAAAGAAAGGACCUGGAAUUUCUGUCCACUUCACCAGAGAACAAUUGGACAGCUUGGUCUGCCUGGAAAGCACUAUUCUUGAGGUUCUGAGGCUGUGCUCAUACUCCAGCAUCAUCCGGGAAGUGCAAGAGGAUAUGGAUUUCAGCUCAGAGAGUCAGAGCUACUCUCUGCGGAAAGGAGACCUGGUAGCUGUCUUUCCUCCAAUGAUACACAAUGACCCAGAAGUCUUUGAGGCUCCAAAGGAAUUUAGGUUUGAUCGCUUCUUAGAAGAUGGUAAGAAGAAAACCACAUUUUUCAAAGGCGGAAAAAAGCUGAAGAGUUACGUUAUCCCGUUUGGACUUGGAAUAAGCAAAUGUCCAGGCAGAUAUUUUGCAGUUAAUGAAAUGAAGCUACUACUGAUUAUAUUUUUAACUUAUUUUGACUUAGAAAUAAUUGACAGGAAGCCUAUAGGAUUAAACCACAGCCGUAUGUUUUUAGGUAUUCAGCAUCCCAAUUCUGAUAUCUCAUUUAGGUACAAGGCAAAAUCUUGGAGAAGCUGAAAGUGUGGCGGAGAAGCUUAGCAGAGAGGGCUGCACUGCUGAGCUCUGUGAUUUGUUGCACUCCCCCAAAUGCAACCACUACUCUUAUUUGUUUGAAAAUGGCAAAUUUAUAUUUGAUUGCAAUGAAUCCAGUUUGUUUUGGGUCACAAAACCUGUCAUAAAAUAGAGCAACAUGAUGGU